UUGAGCCAAGCCUCAGAUUGGCUCGCUUGCUAGCUAACUUCCGCUUAGCUUCCGAUCUUCGGACUCCGAAUGUGACUUUUUACCGCAGUGACAUUAUAUUUGACAAUAUAUUUAUAUUUGACUAUUAUCAAAGGAAAGCAACGGGCGUAGUUCAAAGCUCGGGAAAAGCUGACUAUCACGUUCACGGAGGCAAAAUCUACCUUUUAUGUACGGUGUGUCCUGAAGCUCUGGUGGGUGCAAUACUUGUAUUAAACGCAAGAGGGCGACAAUCACUUUAGAAUGGAAUGGCUAGAGGAGGCUGGACUGAAACCAGAUCCAAGAAGACCCCUGCUUUUCAGGCUGGCUUGGAACCGUUCUUUCACUUCAUCCUUUCCACUGGAAACACCAGACUGGUGUGUUGCAAACACGCCAGUAUGAUGACGAUUCGCUGUCAGGCUUCCAAAGAUCUUCUUUGGAGGAAUCCGGCCUCCAGGAAAGCGAACCGGGUGGAGUUUUGGAGUCGGCUAACGAGGAGGACGAUGUUGGGGAAGCUGGGGGCAUCCCGGAUGGCGCGGGGGAGUCGCUGCAACUCGCUCAGCCUGUCAUGGACUCUUGACGCAAAGAGGAGUCGUCAAGCAGAAGCAAGAUGGACGUGUCCUCGUCCAAAAAGCGCGUGAAGAUUCACCCCAACGCGGUGACGGUCAAGUACGCCACUCACUUCCCCCAGCCGGGCGACGAAGGCUACGACGACGCCCCUUCCUUCGAGGACUUUGGCGCCUUCGCCGAAGCCAGCACGGGAAAGAGGCUGGUCUCGGAGGGCAAAGGCGGGAGGACGUUGUUCGGGACCAUGGAGACCCAAGGCAAGCCGCCCGGCCCGCCCAGGGACAAAGGGGUGGGGGGUCAGCUGGCCAGCUUCGGAGAGGCCAACGUGCUGGCCUCCAGGGUGACGUGGAUGGCGUUGUUCGGAGCGGCGGUCGCUCACGGCUGCGUGGCCCUGAUCACCCGCCUGGCGGCCGACCGCUCCAAGGUGCCCUCCCUGGAGCUGCUCUUCAUCCGCUCCGUCAUCCAAGUGCUCUCCAUCCUGGUGGUGUUCUACCACCACGAGGCGCCCUUUGGGCCCAAAGGCUACCGCCUGCGUCUCUUCUUCUACGGCGUCUGCAACGUCAUCUCCAUCACCUGCGCCUACACCUCCUUCGCCAUCGUGCCCCCCAGCAACGGAACCAUCAUGUGGCGCGCGUCCACCACCGUCUUCAGCGCCAUCCUGGCCUUCCUGCUGCUGGACGAGCGUCUGGGCUACACGGACGUGGUGACGGUGGUGGGCAGCGUCUUCGGCCUGUGCCUGGUCAUGGUGCCCAACGUGGCGGACGAGGACAAGUCCAGGCUGGGCUUCUGGAAGGAGGCCUUCGGCUACACCAUGACGGUGAUGGCCGGCCUGACCGCCGCCCUCUCCAUGAUCGUCUACAGAGCCAUCAAGGAGCGCGUCAGCAUGUGGACGGCGCUCUUCACCUUCGGCUGGACGGGCACGGUGUGGGGCGCCUCCACCAUGUUCAUCAUGCAGGAGCCCAUCAUCCCCCUGGACGGGGAGACGUGGGGCUACCUGAUCGGGAUCUGCAUCUGCUCCACCGUGGCGUUCCUGGGAGUCUACUACGCCCUCAACAAGUUCCACCCGGCCUUAGUGAGCACCGUGCAGCACCUGGAGAUCGUGGUGGCCAUGUUCCUGCAGCUCAUCGUGCUCAGGAUGGUCCCCUCCGUCUACGACGUCAUCGGCGGCCUGGUCAUCAUGGUCAGCGUGUUCACCCUCACGGGGCUCAAGCUGUACCGGGUGAGCCGAGCCGUCCGCCAGGAUUACCAGGAGAUCCUGGACUCGCCCGUCAAAUGAGGGGGCGCGGGUCUGUGCGUGUCGUCGUUGUUUACAGUGUUGCUUGCCCGUGCCAUGCGGAGAAUGUCAUGACUUUUGUAAUGUCGUGCUGUGGGAAGAGUGCUGUUGUGUAAGCCGUGUCUUCAUAUCUGUACCUGACCUUUGCCCCCACCCCAAAAAGAAGUUUUGUCAGUCCCCAACAAAGAAAAAAAGGCCCGAGUUUCAUGUUGAAUCUGGUUUUGACGCCAUGGUCUUUACAUCGUGGCAACAUCGGUCAAAGUCUAACUGGUCUAACACAUCAUAACACCUCCAUGCUUCAUCGUCAAGUCUGGAUUCUUCAUUUCAUUUGGUUUGUGUUCCUGUAUAUGAUUUUAUUAUGAAAUGAUUUAGUGUCAAAUAUGUACUAAUAUAUGAUAUUUGUAUACAGUACAGUAUUUCCCACAGGAAUGCAAUCUAUUUGUGGCUCCAUAUAGCGACAAAGUUGGCUACUCUGUUCCCUCCUGGUACGUCUUCUUAUUCUCUAGCUGACCAUCUGUGUUAAGAAGCAGAGUUACGAUGCCAUCUCCUGUACGGAAUUGGAAUGACAAGCGACAUUCACAGUCAGUCCUACUAUGUGUUUAUCAGCCAGGGCCAACAGGUAGCGCCAAAACAAUUGGUGGUGGGCCGCCAUGAUUAAGUGAAUGUACGGGAAAACACAUUUUAAAUCUUCUUUUAAAUCGUAUUAUUUAAUAAGAGUAUUAUGUAAGAGUAUAAAUUGAAUUACAUCAUGUAUGUACAUUUGUGUGUGAUCUGGCCAGACAUCAUGUAGAACAGUUUUUUUUUCCAUUGAGGAGGUCAAAGGUCAUGAUGGUGUUGGACGAUGGUGUACUCUAUGAUGUUGACAUGCUUGUUUACUUCCCUGUCAGUGUCCCGCGGACGUAUUGCCAGUUGAUUAGGAACACCAUAUUGCUUUUCAUGUACGUGGGCGCGGUGCACUUCUCAAUCUGUCCAGCAGGGGGAGAUGACAACCCUUGUUUUGAAAUGGCUACCAGAGUAUUACUGUUUUCAUGAUUGCGGUCAAUUAUGAAGGCAAUUAGUGGUUUCUCUCCUGAUUGCAGCUAUGCAGCUGGAUACAUCACAUAUAAUUAAACACGUGACAACUUCUCA